AUGGCGCAGCGACUGACCUACAGACGUCGUCUCUCCUACAACACUAAAUCCAACAGGAAAAGGAUGUGAGUUGUAAUUUGUUGCUUUGCAAAAUAUACAUGUGCUCUGUGGAUUAAAAAAUGUUAAAUUGAAAUGAAGUUGAAUAGCUUGUAAUAAUUCUCUUUAUCUUUUUUCCUUGCACAGUUCAAAGACACCUGGUAAGUUUUAUUUUGAAGUUGAAAAUCAUGCAUACAACAAUUCUACGCUAACCACUUACUGUACCUGCUAAAAUGAGGGUAAGAUUUCCAUGUAAAUCCCAUACAUGUAAUAAGCAUGUAGCAAUUUCAUACUGUUUCACACAAAUAAUCGAUAUGAAUAGAGUGGAAACAUGCAUGUUUAAAUGAAUGGGGGUUAUACGGAGAUCUUACCAUAAGUGCUAACCAUAUGCAUUUUGAGUCUGGGCAACCCUUUUUGUUGUGCACAGUCUUCUUUUUUUUUUUACCUUAUAAGCUGAACUUCACAUUUAAAAAAUGAAAUCAAAAAAUUCGUCCCACCUACCCUCUGUUGUUCAGACAUUAGAUAGCGAUAUCCAUAGGAUAUCCAGUGGGUAAGUAUUGGGGAAACCGAUAAUAAUUGUGGGGGACAAGAGGAGCCGGCAAUCCCAAUCUCCUUGUUGUUAUUACACAUGCAUCACAUGUAUGUAGCCAGCAUUCGUUUGGACUUCCACUAAGAAUGAAUGGAAUGUACACAAUGCAAUUUGAUCACGUGCUUUUCAAACUUCUACCCCUUGUGAUCACGCGUGUUUUGACCAUCUCUCGCGUGACACCUGCGCUCAGUGUUGGAGCAAAAUUUGAUCGUUGUCGCCCGCACUCUGUAACCUUUGGUUGUUACUAGUAUUUUAUUGUCCACUGGAUGGAGAUUUAUCCAGUGGACAGAGUUAUCCCUCUUUUGAACAACCGUGGCCAGGUUUUUAGGUUAAAGGAAUAAUAAAUUAAUGCUGAUUUUCUAACAAUCUGUAGCCCAAUAAGGGUAAUGUUGUACAUUCUUAGCAGUGUACAGACCGAAGAGUGCACCUUUGUGGAAGUACAGUUUCAGAAAUUUUAGCCAGUUAUGUGCCGAAAACUCGCGCUUGUUAUAGUUAGCAAGAGAAGCUUACCAAGGGAUGGGAUUGGUUAAUCAUUUUCACUUGGUAUGAAUAGCUGGACUGAUCUUUACUAUGUGGCUAUCAUUUAGCAUAAAAACAAACCUUUCAAAUGUCUAACCAUGGAGUCAAAAAUUUGAAAAUGAGUUUGAACUUUAAUACUGAAAAAAUUUUAUUUUUAAUUCUCCAAAAACUUAAAAUGGCUGCUGCUUAGUAUCCAGUGAUCUCCCUCAACUAAUAAAAUAAUGUUUUUGUCACCUUCAAAGGGGGAAAGUUGGUAUACCUGUACACCAAAAAGCCAGGCAAGGUUCCAAGAUGUGGUGACUGUAAAACUAAACUCCAGGGGGUGAGUGUAUUAUUGAAGUCGCUAAAUCAACCAACUCAGGUGUUUUCUUAAAUUUUGAUCACCAUGGAAGUGAAAGUCACCACAAAAGCAGCUAGACUUGAGCCCUUUCAUAAUCAAACAUUGAAGGGCUUGGGGAAUAGCAGACUCAAAUAACUUUUCACUCCGUAUUAAUUAUAUUGGGCAGCUGAAAGAGUCUGUCUGCCCACUUCGCUUUAACAAAUUCCUCCUUACCCCUCUCGGAUAAUGUUAUUAUUUGUUUUUGAAGCUCUGUGUUAACUACUUCAGCAUAUCUAAGAAUAUUGUUCCAACUUUGUUUGGGAAGAGGGGGAAGAGACAUGUCGUGUCUCAAAUAAUGUUGUUGUUAAAACAUGAGCUGGGAAGACGCACUUGUGUGACCUGCAAUAAACAAGUUCAUUUUACUUCUACAUGUGCUGAAGCUUUGCUUCAAUAUGUGACUGGGCUGUCAUUAAGAUUUCAAGUUGCUUGUACUAGACAGGAAAUCAAACAGCUAGGGAUUUCUCUUGGUUUUAUUUUCUCCUAUUUUCCCAUGAAAGUAGCCGGGGCUUUUAUGUUCCUUAUAGCCAGGGAAAAUGCCUGACCUCUGUCCUUCAGUGACAGCACUGACAAGUGUUGAUGGUCAUAGACCACACAAUAAGAAGCUCCCCUGAAUGAAUUUUGAUGGUUCAUGUUUUAUAUCUGCAUGCGCACUCAUUGGUCAUGCAACACAUUUCUCCACUUGUAAAUCAUUCUCUGCCCUCUUGAGAGUAGGUUACAUUGAUAAUAAUAAUGUCUGUUUUCUCAAAUGAAAGCAAGCACUUUGUGCUGUACCAAAUUGGAUAGACAAUUUUCGCAAAUUGACGCCUAAUCCAUUACUGUUCACAGUGUGCCAUUGAAAUGUUACGUAAACAUUUCUUUGUACGUAACCUUACAAUAAGUAACAUACAUGUACAUGUAAAGAGCUCUGUUAAUUUUCUUACUACGUAGGCUUAUUGUGUCAAUAUAGCACCAAAGAUAAGAAAAUAACUUUCCCAUUCAAACUAUCACAUUAUGUUGUUAUUCUUGGAAAGUUUUCUUACAGUGAGAAAAGGGCAUUUCUAAAGGAACACUGUCAUGACACACUUUCAAGUGUGACAUGCUGUGCACAUUAACUCAUGUGUAUAUUAUUUGGUAAUAAAUGCUUUCUGUUAAUAACUAAAAUUAUUUGAGCAGGUUUAAGUCUAAACGUAACAAAGUUAAGAAUCCCUACCGCCAGGAUGCCAACCAUUUCGCUAUUAACACAUGUGGCUGAGGAGUUGAACCCAAGGCUACCAAGAACCAAUGCAUCCGGCAGUUAGGGCAGGAGUUUAACUCAGGACCUCCUGAUUGCAAUUCCAGCACUUUAACUGCCAACCGCACUGUCUCCUGCCCAAAAUCUAUGUUUAGUGGUGCUCCACGUGUGUGCGAGGGAAGCCCCAUACCUAAAAAAUUGGUAAUCUAUCCAUCCGAGAAAUUUUGGUAAUCAGGUGACGCUUCGAUCAUUUACGGUCUAGUGAUCUUUUGCCGUAAAAACUGAGUGUUGAUUUAAUCGCCUCUAUGCACUGCAUAGAGGGGGUUAAAUUGACUGAGAAAAUCUUAAUUUUGGCCUCUAGUCUCACAUUUAGAGGUCACGAAGCUGGUCUAUUUCUCGCAUAUUCCUAAACUCAUUUCCUGUAGUUUAUGUUUUGAAUUAGAUCACCUGAGACCUAGUUCUUUUCUUGUUUGCGGAGAGUUCUCAUGGGACAGUGUUCUACAUAACCUAAUUGUAGCGUAACUAAAGCUAAGCUAAUUAUAGAGAAUUGUGCUGCAAGUCACUUAAGAUCAUUCUUUGGUUGCUGAUUUUUUUUUUCCUUGAGAUUCAGUGUAACCAAAUCUUUGUUCUAUAGAGUGAUGUCCUGUAGUGCAUGGGUUGGUUAUUACUUUUGUCAUAGAGUAUCCCGGUGUAUGCAACUUUCUGUUAUGCGUUUGUUAUGCGUUCUAAAGAAAGAUUGCAGUUUUUAAACUGAAGCAUUCCUCGUCAAUGAAGAGAGGCUUUGAGCAUUGCUUCCCCUUACUAAAUCUGAAGAAAAAGAGAGACUGCUUGCAGUCUACGUGACUGUACGACCAUCCACCUGUCCCUCUGCAUCACAGGGAAAUCAAAUUAUGUGAAAUGUCAAAUUUUCUAGCCAGAGUAGGAGCCUGUAACCUGUGUUUAACCUGAUAAUAGACAUCUCUAUCAAGGUCAAUUGACAGGUGUCAAAAUGGGGUAUCUGCUGACCACCAGUUGUUAGCUUUUAAUUGAUUGCGGGGUCAAGCUUAUGUUUUUCAUUCAUAUGGCUUUCCCGUAAAGUUAAGGAUGGAUUUGUGGUCUUUUCAAUCGUUUAAAGUCCAUGGUCUGCAGUACAAAUUUAAAAUGCAUAAACGAGAGCUUCACUUUUAGCUCUGGCUUAAUCUUAGACUUGCCCACAGGCUGAGCUGGAAAUUUUCUCGAGCGCAAAGUGCCAGCUAGAAUUUUGUUAUUUUUGCUAUGUCAAAGUAAAAGCAUUUCAGUAAUACCUUUUUCUGCGUGGAAAAUCGGGCUCUUGCUAGUCUCACACAGAAAGAACGCCCACUAAAACUUAAGUGUGCGUUGCUCUUCCCUACAAUGUUUGUUAACAAUGCAGUGAAUCAGUAAACAAUCCUCACCAAAGGAGGUGACUGUUCACAGGUGCAGGGAAAAUGAGAACUUGCUUUUUUUAAAGAUCUGGAAUUUCUUGUCAGUCGUGUAUUUAUUCAGUCAGAAAAGCAAUCACAAAUAAUUUACCGAAUCUGUGCUUAUUAGAAUGAAAAACUUACAAAAAAAGUUGUCAAAUUUGGAGACAAUUUGUCACCAUGUACGUGCUCAAUGCGCUUUUAACCGUCAGCUGCCAGUGAAGAUCAAAUCGAAGGAUCAAUAUCCAAGGCUAAGAGAGGUGCUAUAAGUGGUACAACAACGAAACAAAAGGGCUAAAUUUCAUCUCUUUCCCAAGACUGUAAUAAAUUGAAAACAUAAGGGGCAUUUUGUAAUGUCAAGCUCUUGCCUGAGUUGCUCUCUUGUGGCACAGACAAAAACACAUCCUCUUGUCUUGUGAACGUCUGUGUAGUUUAAUAGCUUUCUGUAACCCAUAGAUGAUCACAUCCUUGAUAGAACCCAUGUCACUCGGCUUCGUAUUAUAGAGGAGACCGUUAACACGAAAUAAUCAAAUUAAGACCGCCCCCAAAAAAUAAAGAACUACUACAGUGUAGACACCAAUUGUCUAUAUUUGCAUUUGGAUCAAAACAGCUCAACUCAUGUUUCAUGUGGGGUGAUCAGGGUUGAUUGACGGCACAUCAUUAAAAAUUGAUUGGAUAAAAUCUACGGGAGGAAAAUUCCUCCUGUAAAUUUGAUGCGCUGCAGGGGACAAAAGUCCUUAGCACUAGUGCCUACUACUGUAACCAGAAACGAGAGGCGAAGAACUUUGAGAAAGUCUAGCUGAAUCUAUAUAUUAGCUUUUGUCUCUGUUGCUGAAUGACAGCAAGAUAAGCAAAAGCAGGAGACAAAAUUUCGGGGUAGUUUGGGGGUAUAAAAGUGACACUGUUCACUCACUUUUUUUUUCCUUUUCUCCCCCCUUCCCCUUCUUUCACUUUUCUUUCCUUUUGAUGUGGGAAAAUGUAUGUGAGAACCCUAAGCAGAGCUGGCCAAGCAAAUAAUAGCUUGGUCAUGUAAAAUAUUAAAGACCAAAAUAUCGCCUAGUAUGCUUAAAAACUCAUGGCUUUGCGAAUCUUUAUUUCCUUUUUACUAACCAAUUUCUAAUUGCCGACCGGGGGAAAUGACCGGCCAACUGAAAGUUUGUCCGGACAAAUGGUUAUCUUUGCUGGGCAUUGUCUGUUCACCAGCCAUUAUUUUGAGCAGCGCUGAGUAUCAUGAAAUAUUUUGGAAGUUGGUGUGGAUGUGUCAGUGAUACUGUUAUAAUUCUUUAUGUUUCUAAUUUGUACUGCAGUUACCAGCUGUCCGUCCUAAAAAGCUGAUGCACAUUUCAAAGCCCCAGAAGACUGUUAGCAGAGCUUAUGGUGGUUCACGAUGUGCUCGCUGUGUUAGAGAAAGGUGAGCUGGUGCCAUAGGCUUUUGCAUCCUACAGCAUUUUCAUUAAAAUGGUGACCUGAAAAAGAAUCGAGGCUUAUUAUUUAAAAUUUGUCUGUUAAUUUGUUUAUUUACAAAUUAACCAAAAGCUUGGUAACAGACAUUGUUACCUGUUGUACCCUAUACCCAACCCCAAAACUAGUAAAUACCGUUGAACCUCUACAACGGCUGAGAUAAAAAAAAUUAACUACAGCAUAAUGCAAAUGAAUGAGGAGAUGAUGCAUGGCACAUGCAGAAGAUAUUGCACAAGUUGGGUUUACAUGAAGCACCACCCAAACGGGAAUUUAAAGAAUAUUAUGUUAUUUUCUUCUUUCUCCAAUUGAAAACCCUUUUAAGAACGAGACAAGAAAAUACUUUCAGGUAUCGGUUUUAAAGUUGUUCCCCUUUUUUUUUCAGGAUAGUCAGGGCAUUCCUGAUUGAAGAACAGAAGAUCGUUGUGCGUGUUCUUAAAGCGCAACAGGGGAAGAAAUCAGGCUCUGCUUAA